GUAGAAUAUUCCAAAAGGUUUGUUACAAAGCAAGAGUCACCAGAAGUGAAUGUCUUUCGCAGCUGUGGUGUGAACGGACGAUCUCACACUACUACUACUACUAAUACCACUACUACUAGAGUAUUUCUUCACCGACGGUGAUAGUGCAAUAUAUCACGGAAAGCUUACAAGCAGGUAAUGACUUGCGCCCAGUAGUGAAAAGGGGUGAACGCGACGCGCGGUGUCUUUUAGUACCAGAGUUCGUUUCAAGAACUGACUCUUUGGGUUGUUGAACAGUUUGUGUUUUGUAAAGAAGAAGAAGAACGCCGAAUCUGCUUACUGUUUGCACUGAGUACACCCGGUCUCAUUAGUGGACGCUGUUUUGCAAGAAGAAUAAUUAUAUAAUCAUCAUUCUUACGUUUGCCGGAAGAAGAGAUUAUUGUACAUCUUCUAUUUUCGAGUUAAUAAUACGCGUAUAUAUUAAUUUUAGACAUUUGAAAUUCAGCACAAAAACUUCUGUUAUUCGUCAUCUCGAUUUUUUAGAGAUAGAAUCGUGUUUCAAAUAUAACCAACAAAAAGGGGAAAAAAUAUAGCUCCUGAAGAUAUAGGGCUGACGAAGAGGAAGGAUAUCGGACAGAAUCGUACCAAAAUCAGAAGAAAAAAUUAGUUCAACAAUCAGAAAACAAAGCAAAGAUAUAUUCAGAGGGGAAAACAUUGCUUGCCAGUGACUAACAACUUGGAUGUCGUCGCCUUCAUCUUGGUUUGGUGCCCUCAUCUGCCCUCCUUCUCCAGACGCCAUGAAGAUCAUCAACACUAACAACAACAACAACAUCAGCAGCAGCAGCAGCGACAACGAGGACACUAGCAAGAACAACUGCUGCUCCUCGCCCCACCCCAACAUCCCAAACGAGUUCAGCCCGAAGGCCCUCGAGUUCGACCUCCACCAAGAACAGCAGAGCCUGAUGUCCAACGAGAUCAACAACCAGCUCAACAACAGCGCCUCCACCGGCCCCACCACCAACGACCACGCCCACCUCCUCCAACAGAACCACCACAACCUGGUGACGAGCGGCAGCGUGAACCAUGACGGCGGGACGAACGUCCAGUUCUACGUCGGGGACAAGAAGGAGGAGAAAGGCCUCAAGGCUCCCAACCACCUCCUGUGCAGGAUGCAGCGCUGCUCUCGGGAAGAGGUUUCCAGGCACAGGAGCGUCGACAUCCCCCUCGCCUUCCCGGGGACCAACUCCGAGUCGAUCUCCGAGCUGAAAGGGGAAGAACUGGCCGCCCAUCUGAAGAACUUGGCUGAACAGACGGUCAAGCAGCAGCAGCAGCAACAGCCAAAGCAACAGCAACAGCUACAGGAACAGCAACAGCCACAGCAACAGCUGAGGCGGACCGGAAGGCAGGAGAACCCCGCGAUGCUCAUGGUGGGCCGGAGAGACAAGAAGCUUAGUAGAAUGAGCGAUGACCUCUUCUUCCAGACCGUGAUGAGUCAAUGGAUUGACCAUUCCUAUUCUCCUGUUGAGUACGCGGAUCCAUUCACACAGAACAUCAUAGAGAAGACGGAAGCUGAGGAGAUGGAAAAACUGCCCCGUAGGCUUUCAGACAUGUCAUUGGACGAUAAUUGCUGCUUUCAACGACAUAUACUAGUUAGGGACAGCUUGGUCCGCCAGCACCUACUGCAGGUGGAGAACCGUCUCUUCGAGAUGUUUGGCGACAAGGAGAAGCAGACGAUUAAUCUCAACAAAUUCCUGAUGGGCCUGAUAGCUACGGGCCUCCGGCACUCAGAUCCUCGCCUGAAGGAGAUGCGAAACAACCUGAAGAAGGUGCAGGAGAGAAUCACGCCCUCAGAGUCCCAAGCUCUGGACGUCGACUAUGAGACUUUCAUGGGGAUCAUUUCUGACAACCUGGAAAUCGUGGUGCAGGCGUUCUCCUCCUCCUUCGUCAUUCCUGACUUCAGGGGCUUUUGCCAGCACAUCGACGAGAUCUACGGCCUUUGUCAGGCCAACACUGACGGCAAGGUGGCUAGUUACAUUCCCCAACUGGAGCGCUCCAACCCCAAUCAUUGGGGAGUGUCUAUCUGCACCGUAGAUGGUCAGCGUCACGCCCUUGGGGAUGUCAACAUACCGUUUACCAUUCAGUCUUGCAGUUACGCUUUGAGCUACGCGAUGUCUUUGGGAGAACUGGAGGCCGCGAAGUAUCACUCCUACGUGGGUAUGGAGCCAUCAGGCCGGUACUACAACGAGCUCUGUCUAGACUACAACAACAAGCCGCACAACCCCAUGAUAAACGCCGGUGCCAUUAUGACAGCAGCUUUGAUCAAGCCGCAACUGUCAGCUGCUGAUCGUUUCGACUACGUAUUCAACCUGUACAAACGGCUCGUUGCCGGCGAAUACCUGGGCUUCAACAACGCCGUCUUCCUGUCGGAGAGAGAGUGUGCUGACAGGAACUUCGCCCUGGCCUACUUCAUGAGGGAGAACAAGUGCUUCCCCGAAAACACGAGGCUCCACGAGACUCUGGAUUUCUACUUCCAGCUGUGCUCUUUGGAGAUCACGGCGGAGAGCGGCGCCCUUAUCGCCGCCACCUUGGCCAACGGCGGCAUCAACCCGCUGACGGGCGACCCCGUGCUGACGGUGGAAGCCGUCAGGAACACGCUGACGCUCAUGCACUCCUGCGGCAUGUACAACUAUUCGGGACAGUUCGCCUUCAAGGUGGGUCUACCUUCAAAGUCUGGGGUAUCGGGCUGCGUGCUGGUCGUUGUGCCCAACACCAUGGGCAUCUGUCUGUGGUCCCCACCUCUUGACUCCAACGGGAACUCCUGUCGCAGUGUGCAGUUUUGUAUGGAACUGGUAUCAAGGUUCACAUUCCACAAUUUCGACAACCUGAGAGGUCACAUCUCGACCAAGACGGAUCCCAGGAUGGCCAGAGCAGAGUCCAAAGCCCAGAUUCUCUUUGACCUCUUGUUCUCCGCCGCCGCUGGUGACCUCUCUGCUCUAAGAAGGCACUCGCUCUCUGGAACAGACAUGGAGGCGAAGGACUACGACGGGAGGACCGCCCUUCACGUUGCCGCUUCCGAAGGGCACUAUAACAUCGUCGAGUACCUCCUGAGGAACUGUCAAGUCGCACCACUUCCCAAGGAUCGGUGGGACAGAACGCCCUUGGAUGAUGCCCGUAGCUUCGGUCAUCCCCGCGUCGCCGGCCUCAUCGAAGACAGCUGCCUCAGGAGGGGCAUUCCUUUCACCUCUCUGUCGGAGGAAGAGGUCAAGCCAGAGCUGGCAUGAAGCGCACAUUCCGUGAAGGUUCUCGAGGGGGACGAGUUGGCAAAAUAUUGCGACAACACCAGACGCUUGCUGUCGUUGUUGUGUAUAAUGAGGGACGAAUGCCACGUAGUGAUACAAAUCAUAGAGAGGAUUUUAGUUCCCGGUGCUUUUAAUUCACCUGUGCAGUUUGCAACUGUGCGACGUAGUUUGCCUUUAAUAGUUAUUAAUCAAUUUACAAAUAUUAGUUAUCCUUCUUCUUUAGAUUGCUAGUUUAGGAAGUUUUCUCCUGGCGGUUGUAGUGGACCCCCCCAUAUUAACGUAUUUGCGGUAUUUUUCUAUGAGAAAUAUUCACAAAUUCCUGUUUUUUUAUCAAUUUCAUCAUAAAAUGCACAUUUUGUGAUAAAACUAUUAAAAAAACAGGUAUACAAAUUUUUUAGUGGGUUUUUCUUGAGUUUCAACUAACAAAAUAGACAGUUUUAAGCGUUUUUAUAGGGGUUUGAACUAUUCGCGGGGUGGGGGCGGCCACUGUAUAACGUUUGACUGCAGGUUCCAGGAACUUUCUGACACAAACAAAAAUAUCACUAAAAAAAAAAAUCAGCUACACUCGGGUAGUCAUAAAAGACAAUAUUAUAUAUGAAAAGGCAAUCCAUCACUACAUUUACUGAUUUACUGUUAUUUACCUGUAUCUUAUGUCCUCUUUAUGGAAAGCAUAUAUUUUCUACUGAACUUUUCUGUAUAUUUUUAUUUAAAUCUAGAUGUUAUAGUACAAAGGUUUUCGUUGAUCUUGUUUUUUGGGUUCAUGUUGUUGUGUAAAUGAGUUUUCUGUUAUAUUCUUUAAG